AUGAUAUACAUUUACUUAGCUAUCUUUCUGGUUUUAUGUGGUAUAAUUGUCGGGCAGGAACAUAAUUUAGAGAAAGGAAAGAAUCGUGAUUCAGUGAGUCCAAUUGACAAUGAGAUUUAUUCAAAUCUAUAUACAUAUGCACAUUUGAUUGAUAUUUCUUACUGUAUAUCCUCUACAAGCCAAAUCGGCGAGCCUUUUGAAUGUGAAUUGAGUUGUGAGAAAAGAUUUCCAAAUGUUACUUUGGUUUACCAAUGGUAUUUUGAUGAUUCGGUCUGCGGUUAUAUAGCAACUACAAAUUCCAAUAUUUUUGACUAUGAAAAUGCAUCUAACAGUUCUAAAAAGACAAUUAUUGUUUCAUUGAGAGGAACAAGGUCAAUUUUUGAUACUUUCACUGAUUUGAAAACUGACUUGACCGAUUAUGCUAACGUUAAUAGCAAACUACCGGCUUGCGGUGAUCAAUGCAAAGUCCAUCAAGGAUUUUAUGAUUAUUUCCUUAGAACACUAGCCAUUAUACAAAGAGUAUUACUUCAUGAGUUGAUUGAUACUCCUGAGGAAUACGAAUUGCUUAUUGUUGGUCAUUCCAUGGGUGGUGCAAUUGGUCUUUUCAUUUCAUUGCACUUCCUUGAUUUGGGUUUUGAUAAGAUGACGUUGGUAACUAUGGGCCAGCCGUUAGUUGGCAAUAAGCAGUUUGUGGAUUGGGUGGAUGAUGUUAUGGGGAGUAGGUUCAAGGCUAAACACAAUUCCUUUGAUCGAAAAUACUUACGCAUAAUCCAUAAAGGGGAUAUUGUCACUGUUAUUCCUAGUAAUAGAAAUAACGAUGAUAACUACAUUCAGUUUGAAAAUCAAAUAUAUUUGAACUGUUCUGCUUCAAAUCCAGUCCCUUCUCUCGAGAAGGUUGUUGAUUGUCAAACUGCAAGUAAUCAAGCAUGCAUAGCGAAAGAUUUUAAGACCCAUGAUAGCAUCAAUAGGAAUUAUUUUGAAAGUCACAAUACCUACUUUAGAAAACUUGGUCUAUGUGGAAUGAGGAUUAGACCAAAUGAUAUAGAAAUUAAAGAAAAUUUUUAUUGA